GUAGAAGAACAGUUGGGAUUUUCCUAGAUCCUGCACUGUUACCGUCGCCAUGGCCAGCCAGUCGCAGGGUAUCCAGCAGCUGCUGCAAGCGGAGAAGCGCGCCGCGGAGAAGGUUUCUGAAGCCCGCAAACGAAAGAACCGGAGACUGAAACAAGCAAAAGAAGAAGCUCAGGCUGAGAUUGAGCAGUACCGACUGCAGAGGGAGAAAGAAUUUAAAGCCAAAGAAGAUUCGGCUCUUGGUAGCCAUGGCAGUUGCAGCUCUGAAGUAGAGAAGGAAACCUUGCAGAAGAUGUCUGUUCUUCACAACUAUUUUCAGAAGAACAAGGAGGAAGUCCUGGAUAACCUAUUGGUUUUUGUGUGUGACAUCCAUCCAACAAUCCAUGAAAACUACCGCAUAAAUGGAUAGGAUAUAAGCUCAUUCAAUGGAUAGGUUGGCAGUUCAGUUGCUCUCCUGUAGAAUGUGAAGCUUUAGCUGUGCUGCAAUUCCAUUUUUGUGUAAAGAUUUUAAAUUAUUUCUGUAUAAUAUUUGAUAUGGUACUUCAACAUUUUUGGAGAAUCUAGCUUCAUACAGACUGAAGGCUCAUCCAAAGAGUUAAUAUUCUUUUCGCUAAUUUCAUACUAACUCAUCUAAUGAGUACAACUUUUCUGUGCCUUUUAGUGGGUAAGCAGGAGAAUGCUACACUGCUUCCUAGAUGACCUUAGUGCUGAAGAUAAUUCCUGAAGGAGUUAAAAAUUAUAUGCAACUCUGUGUAGUUGUCUCAAAGACUUCAUUAUUAUAAACAUCAAUGAAGCAUUGGGAAUUAAUGGGCAUCCUUUAAAAAAACCCUAUCUAGAUGAGGUUUAGCAUAAUAUGUUAUUGAUAUAGCCAUUUAGAAUCCUUUGAACUACUUUUGAUGAAGUAGAACCAGCUGACAACUCAGGUGCUUAUGGAUACCUUGUUACAUUUAGUAUGUAGAUGGUCACUUGAAAGUCAAGACUAUUUAAUAAUGUGUUCCCUAGCUUGUAUCUUUUCCUUUGGCUCACAUUUAAAAAAAAAAAAAGCAAUCCAAAAACCCAGUUGCUCUAUAAUAUGCUGUUUGAGAAAUUAAUAGCCCCCAAAGCAUUUAGGAAAUGUGUAUCGUGGGUACCUUAAGGGGAAAGAACAUUAAAUAGCACAUGCUAGUCUAUUAGCCUUUUUCUCAUGGGUCCCCCCACACUAUUGACUUUUGAUGUCUUGUUUAAUUUGCAAAGUGAUUUCUAGUGUUCUGGAUGUGUAAAGCCUGUAGCAGCCUCAUGCCAUUUACAGGCAUGUAAGUGUUUAAGUGAUAAUGUUUAGAUCACUGAAGAGGAUUGUAUUUAUUGAGCACUCUUGCUCAGCAUUGUGUUGGGUACAGUGAGGCAGGCACUAAUAGUAUAGGUACAAAAGGAGAAGAUACUAGCCAACCCUCAAGGAACUCUUUAGUCUCCUCUUUGCUGUUGCUAAGCUUUUUCAAUGAGGGAGAGUACACUGAAAUUUAUUGAGGUUUCUUAAUGAAAACCUCAUUUCAGUGCUGAUCCAUGCUACUUUUGCUAAGGGAAGGUUAUUAGUAGCUGCUUCUGUUACCUUAGUAGCAUUUUCAGAAAUCUCAGGGGUUUUAGAAGUAUCACUGGUACAACUUUAAACUUGGGAUCUCAGAGGUUUAUAAGACUUGCUAACUUUAGAUCUGCCCAUUGUUCCCCUAGAGAGAACUUCACCAUAGUCUCUUCCAACUCUGAUUCUCUCAAAACGGCUCUGCUUGUCUUAAAUGAGUGUUUUAGAGAAGUGCCCCUGAGUCAUUUGAAAAUAGUUGUACUGUAGUUUUGCCAAUAGGAUAGGGACAGGGGCUGGACCUCUUGUUCUUACUAAUAUAGGGAAUUCCUGAUGAAGACACUUCUACAAAUGCAGGUCAGCAUUUGUCUUAAAAUCUAUUUGCCAAUAGUUUUUACCUCCCAAAUUCAAUCUGUCUGAGAGCUCCCUACUGCCAUAACUCUUUACAUAGUGGCUUUGUUCUUAAGCAGACUUCAGUAUCCAUUAACUUCCCAUAGGAUCAAUUCUAGUAAAUAUUGAUGGAAAAUUUAGAACGAACACUCAUCUGCCACCACCUCUUCCAAACCUUGGAAACUUAGCUCAUAUGUCAUGUGUUAGGAAAUAAUCAGGUUAAUCGUCUGGUCAUCUUUCGAGACAUUAAACUUGGUAAGGGUCUAAAUCCUAUUCCAAGGGACACAGUUGCCUGCCUCUCCCAAUGUCAUAAGCCUUAAUACAGCUAUACAUCAGGGAAAUUGUCCUGUUCUGCCUAGGACAGGAAAACUUGCCUAUUAUAAACUUUUUUACUCAACUAUGGCUAAGUAGAGGGACUAUCAUGGAGUUUAUGCUUCACUGCUCUGCUCCCAUCCCAAUUCUGCUUCUUACUGGGUGGAGGUCAUGACACUAACCCUUCUGGGUAGAUUAAUCUGCAUUUUAUAUAUGGAUGAGUUGACUAAUAGCAUUCCCGUUUAUAUGGCACUUGCUUUGGAAUUUUGUAGUGUAGGUAACGCAGUUAUUAGUAUUCCCAGUUGAGGGAAAUGGCUCAGAGAGGAUAAUUGAAGGGGAGGGGAGCUAAUCCUUUGCAACAAUCCAAUUUAAAUAUGGGUUACUAACCCUUUUUGUACAGUGCCUGCCUUAACAUCUGUGCAAAAAUAUUAAAAGUAAAUGAUUAAUAAAUGCUUUUUGAACUUAA